AUAAUUUAUCAACAUAGUUUGCAAUUAAUUUAUGAGUGAAUAAUUGGUAUGCUUUCAAAAUUUCUCAUCUACCCAACAUUUCAUAGUAGCUGUCUCUUGGUAUACCUUUAUUCUCAUGUAUGUAAACUUCAAAUUAGGAUCGUCUACUGUCCUAAAUUUAGGUAAAUAUAUUCUUCGUCAAUUGAGUACAAAAGCAAACCCACUAUUCCCCUGGAACUCAAGGAUCACUACCUAUUUCAAGAAAGGUGAUCUGAAGAACGCCCGCAGACUAUUCGAUGAAAUGCCUCAAAAGAAUGUAGUGAGUUGGAACUGCAUGAUUUCAGGGUAUUCCAAAAAUGGGAUGGUUUGCGAGGCUCGUAAAGCCUUUGAUUUGAUGCCAAGUAAGAACAUAGUGUCAUGGACCGCAAUGUUAAGCGGGUACGCAAAGAAUGGAAGAUUAGAAGAGGCGCGGAGCUUGUUUGAUGCGAUUGAAGAUAAAAAUGUGGUUUGUUGGAAUUCCAUGAUUUCAGGGUAUGUUUGUAAUGGGAAAUUGGAGGAGGCUAGGGCAUUGUUUGAUGUAAUGCCAGUGAAGAAUGAUGUCUCAUUCGCGAUAAUGAUUGAAGGGUAUUUUCAAUAUGGAAUUACGAGGGAAGCCAAGAAAUUAUUUGACGAAUCUUGGAAUAAAAGCGUGUUUCUUUGCAAUGCUAUGUUGGCAGGUUAUAGUGAAAUGAGGUGCGUUGAGGAGUCAUAUGGUUUGUUUAUGAGAAUGUGCAAACGUGAUUCGGCUUCUUGGACUAGUAUGAUAACAUGUUUCUUCAGAGUGGGGGACAUAGAGAGAGCUAGGAAAUUGUUUGAGGAGAUGCCCGAGAAGGAUGUAGUGGCUUGGACUGCAAUGAUUCGGGGUUAUUUGAAUUAUAAUAAGAUUGAGUUGGCACAAGAUUUAUUUAAUAGAAUUCCAGAUAGGGAUGUUAUUGCGUGGAACUCAAUGCUUGUUGGCUAUGUUGAGAACGGAAAGUUACAUGAGGCUCUUGAUUUAUUUAUGAGGAUGUCCAUGCGGGACAUAGUUUCGUGGAAUUCAAUACUACUUGGUUAUGUGCAACAAGAAGAUAUGACUAGUGCUCGCAAAUUUUUUGAAGAGAUGCCUAGGAAGGAUGAAUCAUCAUGGAACACUCUGAUUUGUGGAUACCUUGGUGAGGAAGCAUUGAUUUUGUACAUCCGGAUGUUGCAAAAUGGAUUUAAGCCGAAUCAGGUUACAUUAACUACUGUGAUAUCUGUGUGUGGUGUUCAUUCGUUACAAUUGUUCGGGAGAGGGAUGCACAACUUUGUGGUCAAGAAUGGUUAUGAAAUUGACAGAAUGAUAACAAGCUCAUUGAUUUCCAUGUAUUCUAGAUGUGGCUUCAUACGUGAGGCUAAUUCAGUAUUUGAAAAGAUGACGAAUUGCGAUACUGUAGCAUGGAAUGCCAUGAUUGUGGCACAAGCAUAUCAUAAUUCUGCUGAAGAAGCCCUUAAUAUUUUUUCUCGCAUGAUUCAAGCUGGAUCACAACCCGACCAUGUUACUUUUCUUGUACUCUUGACUGCAUGUGCUCAUUCCGGACUGGUCAGUGAAGGCUGGAAAUACUUCAGUUUAAUGGAGCAGUGGAAUCUGAUACCUAAACCAGAGCACUAUGCAACCAUGGUUGAUCUUCUUGGUAGAUCAGGCUUGCUUGCUGAAGCUUUUGAGUUAGUCAAGAAAUUGCCUGUGGAUCUUCCUGCAUAUGCUUGGGAAGCAUUACUUAGUGCUUGUAGAGUCCAUGAAAACUUUGAACUAAGCAAUUUUAUAGCUCAGAAACUUUUAAGCUCUCAGCCUUCUAAUGUCGGCAUGCAUGUGCUUCAAUCGAAUAUAUAUUCUGUACAUGGGAUGUGGAAGGAUGCAGCACGCAUUAGAGCUAUGUUGCAGCAACAACAAUUAAAGAAAGAAUUGGGAUGGAGCUGGAUUGAGAUAAAUGGUCACGUCUCUUGCUUUUCGUAUAAUGACAAAUCUCAUACUCAAAGCAAUGACAUAUAUCGAGAGUUAGAAAGGCUUGCUGUACUCGUUCAGGAAGUUGGGGCAUAGAUGCAUUGAGGCUUCCUUUUCUGUUCUUUUCAUAAAAGAUCUUCAUUGCAUAACCUCGGGAUCAUAUACUUACCGGUAAAGGAUAAUCUGAUGCAUCUGCAUAGAUUUUUUAGGAGGACUCAGUUCUGUGAAUGCAAAAUCGGUUGUCAUAACGAUUCUUUUGAGGUCUGUGAAAAUGCUUAUGCAAAAGCUAGUUGGUAGGAAAGCUCCGAGCUUUGCAAUCAAAAGGGUAAGUUCUGAUGAUAAAGUGAUUUUUGCAAGUGGAUUAGAAGCUGACAAGGAGACUGAGUUUCUGAAUAUUUAUCAGGCAAAUGGCGACAAUUGUUUGGACAAGUCUCUAAACCAUAGUUCACUUGUAACAAAAGCUUUCAUGGUUGCUUGCCUAUAUGCAAUCGAACAGUUCUCUGUUUUAAGUGAGCCAUCAGAUGGCGUUUUCUUAUUUUGGACUGUAGCAUGGAGAAAAAGCUCUCGAGUUAUCAUCUCAUGGAAAGUUCUAACAUAGGAUUACUGAAUGAAAACCUAAACAGUACCUGGAUGUUUUAUGGAUAUGCAAGUGUAUACAUUUGUAAUAGGCUAUAAAAGCCUUGAAAAUUCCUAUUUAUUAUUUGUUAGAACACACAAUUUCACCGUAGAAGUUUCACAUUUGUUUUCAAAUACAUUCAUUUUGUGAAUGAUUUAACAAUCUGUAUCUAUCUUUGUAAA